ACUGAUGAUUCUUUUCUUCCAUUCUUUAUUUCCAUGAACGUCAAACCCCAAAAAUUUACAUGAAUAUUAGUCUUUACGUUGGGAAAAUUUUUACUUUUGAGUUUUGACACAUUCCAAUGGCCGAUGAUUUUGCGAAGGCGGUGGAGGAUGGGCUUAAGCUUUCGAAGCGACUGUACUACGGGAAGGACCGAGCGGUGUCUCCCCCCAGAGUUCCGACGUCGAUGGAGGUACCAGGAUCGGUGGACAUGUACAUGCCCAAGGCGCCGAUGUUGUACGCGGUCAUAUCCGAUCCGAAGUUCGUGGACAAUCCGGAUAUUCCGAGCUACCAGCCACACGUGCAUGGCAGGUGCGAUCCUCCGGCUUUGAUUCCUUUACAAAUGAAUAAAGUCGAGUUGGAUGUGGAUUGUUAUCUGGAUACGGCCUUUGUUCGGGUUUCCGGAUCCUGGAGAGUCCAUUGUGUUAUGGGCAGUAAGAGCUGCGAUUGCCGAAUUGCUAUCCCCAUGGGCGAGGAGGGUUCAAUCUUAGGUGUUGAGGUAGAGGUUUCUAUGAAAUCGUAUUGUACUCGAUUGGUUCCAUUGGAAGACAACAAGGAUGGUGUGGAAAAGGCAGCCAGACCUGAAAAUGGAGGCUUUUUGAAGCCUCAUAUUUUCACCUUAACAAUACCACAGAUUGAUGGGGGUUCCUUCCUUUCAGUAAAACUUCAUUGGUCCCAGAAAUUGUCUUAUUGUGAUGGAGAAUUUUCGUUAAAUGUGCCGUUUAAGUUUCCUGAGUAUGUCACUCCUGCUAUAAGGAAGACUUCGAAAAAGGAAAAGAUACUGUUGAAUGUGAAUGCUGGUACAGGAAGUGAGGUCUUGUGCAAGACAACUAGUCAUCCUUUAAAGCAAUUAAGGCGCGAAGCAGGACAGCUUGGGUUUUCUUAUGAAUCAGAAGUUCUUAAAUGGUCAAAUACUGACUUCAGUUUCUCAUACACUGUUUCUCCCAGUCACAUGAUUGGUGGCAUACUUUUGCAAUCUCCACCUGUGCAUGACGUUGACCAAAGAGAGAUGUUCUGCAUCUAUUUUUAUCCAGGAAGCCAGAAAAGUAGAAAGGUGUUCAGAAAGGAUGUUAUAUUUAUGGUUGAUAUAAGUGGAAGUAUGCUAGGAAAACCACUUGAGGAUACAAAGAAUGCAUUAUCUGCUGCCCUGUCUAAGCUUGAUCCAAAAGAUUUGUUUAACAUUAUAGCUUUUAAUGGGGAGACACAUCUAUUUUCAACGUCAAUGGAGUUGGCUACAAAGGAGGCAGUUGAAAGGGCAACUCAGUGGAUUGGAGUAAACUUUAUUGCAGAGGGGGGUACAGAUAUACUUCGUCCCCUAACUAAGGCUAUAGAUAUGCUAUCUAAUACUCAUGGUUCAAUCCCUACCAUCUUCCUUGUUACUGAUGGGGCUGUUGAAAAUGAGAGACACAUUUGUGAUAUGAUGAAAAGUCACCUCACAAAUGGAGGGUCAAUUUGUCCACAUAUAUACACUUUUGGAAUUGGUUUAUACUGUAACCAUUAUUUCCUACAUCUGCUUGCAAAGAUAAGCAGAGGACACUAUGGCGUAGCAUAUGAUUUAGAUUCAGUGGAGCUUGGUUUGCAAAAAUUGUUCACUAAAGGUUUAUCUACAGUUCUUGCAAAUAUAACCAUUGACAUGUCAGAAGAUCUUGAUGAGUUUGAGAUGAAUCCUUCUUGUAUUCCAGAUUGUCCGUAUGAAACUCCAUUGACUCUAUGUGGGAGGUACCGGGGAAAUUUUCCUGAUAAUCUUAAAGCCAAAGGUCUUCUCGGAGAUUUGAGUGAUUUUGUUAUAGAAUUGAAGACACAACAUGCAAAGGACAUACCUCUUGACAAAGUAUUUGCAAAGCAACAAAUUGAUCUACUCACAGCUCAAGCAUGGUUGUCAGAAGACAAACAGCUGGAGGGGAAGGUAGCUAAAAUGAGUGUACAGACUGGCAUUAUUUCGGAGUAUACCUCUAUGAUCAUACUAGAGACUGGUGAUGGAAAGAGAACAGAAUCACCAAGCAUAAAGAUGGGAUCAGAGAGCACUAGUGGUCAAAAGAUGGUAGAUUCUGCAGUUUCAAAAACAAUAUCCCUACAGAGCCUCCACAUUGGCUUCGGCGAUUUGAUUGCAACAACUGAAAACAUUCCUCCGUGUAAAGAAGAGACAAAAUUACCAGAGGCUGCAGAGAUAUUUGUGAAGGCGGCAUCCAACUGUUGCAGCAGCAUGUGCAACAAGUGUUGUUGCUUGUGUUGCAUCCAGUGCUGCUCCAAGCUAAAUGACCGAUGUGUAAUUGUUUUGACACAAAUCUGCACUGCACUAGCAUGUUUCGGCUGUCUUGAAUGUUGCUCAUUCAUAUGUUGCUCUGGAAGUGAAGGGUGAUGAAACUGAACCCAAAAGAUUCCUCUUAAUCACCUGCAUGCUAGUUCUUUAAAGCAGAAUUUUCAGUUCCAGUUAGAUUUAUCUUCCAUAUGUUCCUUGUUAGGCCUCAUGUCUAUGUUUGCUGCAAGAGAGAAAAACAAAUUUAAGGCAAAGGAAUGAAAAAGCAAUAGUAGUAGAAGGCUGGAAAAUACAAGUGGCAGUUACAGUAGAAGGGUAGCAGGACCAGAGAGAGUUGGAGAGGAACGUGGCAAGCAGAGAUAGGCCUUACGGUUAUGGAGAGAAUAAAGGCUGGAAAUGAAUGAGAAGAAUCAAGAAGGAUUUAGAAAAGAAAAAGGGUAGGAGGAGAGAGUCGGGCUCUCGAUUGCCUAGCAAUAGACUGAGACUGUAUUGCACUGUUUCAUUGUAUUGUAAUUCACUGUUACAUUGUAAUGGAUGUUGGAAUAUAUAAAUUGAGUUUGCUUGAAUAUCCA